CUAAUAUAGGUCAAUAGACCUAUCCCUGUUACUGAAGAUUGAGGACUGAACAGUUCCAACUAUUUGUGCGCGAAGGUGAUAUCGCAUGAAAUGUCCCGCUGCAUUUGAUACGUCAAGGUUGGUUAUAGGGAUAUUUAUAUCUCAAUAAGACGUUUGGUCGAUCUUAGCCUGCCCAAAAAGUCGUUCAAGAACUUAAAUGCAAUCAAAUCUUGCAUUCUCUGAAGAAACCAAAAUUGUUUUAUCUUCGAUCAAUGCACCAUCAUCGUUAGUUAUUGAAGAAGAUCAAUCAGUAGAGAAUUGCAAUGAUGCAUUUGAGCUUCUUUUACCUGCUGUUUUAAAUAAAGAAAAUUUGAAUGUUUUGGAAGCUCAUCUGGGACUAGGUGGUGGAGGCGACUGGUGGAUAGACCCAUCACGUAGUCCAAUUGAAGUAGACUCAAAUGGAAACAGAGAUGAAGGUGCUAUUUUAGAUGUUGAAGCCAGUUGCAAAAUUUGGUAUCGUACGCCAUUUGAUCGAGAUCCAGAAUUCUGUAAUAAUUCCUAUCAUCUUUUGAACCGAUUAAAUGAGUUGGCAAAAAUCAAAGGGUUAAUCGAAGAGGCCUCACUGAGGAAACAUUCGCCUAAUGAAGUAGGAUUAAAUGAUAGUGAUCGCCAAAUAUACCAUUCAACGCUGUCUGUGAAUGGUUCUAUGGAUUUUAAAAAUUUUCUGUCACAUCCAAAUCGCGAUAUACAGAACAUUGACCCUCAGUUAGAUCUCCGCCGCAGUUUAAACAGCUCAAUUGGCGAGUAUUCUAAUUUACAAGGUACAUAUGCUUUACGUAAACAAAAUAACAAUAAAAAGGUACCUUUACGUGAAGUCUUUGAUGCUAGAGCUCAAGAAAUUGAUAGUGCUAUGUAUUGCGAAAAACCCAAACCACCUUUCUCCCAAGCCGUGUAUUCAGGAUUACCUCAGUUACACAGAUCUCAACGGCCUGCUUCUCCUCAUGCGACUCCGAAUAAUAAUGUUUCACCUAAUAUUAGUAACCGCAGAAUUUCGUCAAAGCCUAAUGACACUUUGCUUGUUCCAGGCGCUACUAGUAGCCCAUAUCAAAAGCCUAGUAGUCAAAAACAAUCCGUUCUUUCACGGACCUACUCGAAGGAGCAAAUGGAUUUACUGAGGGAGGUAAAUGACUACCCUCUCAAUGAGUCAGUUCCUAAGAUACCUUCCCUACUUUCUAGAUCUCAUGCAUUAACCACUUCUCUGCCCAUAUCGGAUAAUGAAGGUGAUAUAGAUGUAACUAGAAGUUUAGAUAUCUCAUCUGGAGUUAACCAAAUAUCUCAGUCGCAUUCUGCAACUGAAUUAGUUACAAAAGGUCGCAAAAUUUCUGAGAAAUUUAACGCAUCUUACUCUAGUAUGCGAAGCUCAGAUGUAUUUGAAUUAGCUCGUCUCCAGGAAACUCACUUACGUGAACACAGUGGUAGUAGAAGUAAAUUAGAUUGUUCCAACACUUCACUUACUGAGUCGAGUUUUGGAGAUGAGAAACAUCGUAAACAUAAAAGUAGUGCCGCUGGUAGUAUUGGGCAAAAAUCAGGCAGUGGUUUAAGUUCUUGUGGGGUUAGCGCAACACACAGUCACGAAGAAAUUGCAAUCGUAGAUACAAAUGAUAGGCCAGAGCGUCAACAUACUAUUAUAGCGAAGGAAUGUUUUAACACAUUAUCAAGUUCAGUUGAUUGUGAACCUAAAGUCAAUAUGAUUGCGGACGUGCAUUCGAGUACAAAUUUGGAUCAAACAGAUGUGACUUUACCCUCUAAACCAUUAAAUUCUACAUACGAUGCUCCAGACUUCAAGCGCGUAUAUGACUGUGAUUCAACAUCACAAACGAAUGAAUUAAAAAAUCUCAGACCCAUUAUAGACAGUAUAGAUAGUACUGUAAAUACCAUAAAUGAUUGUACCACACAAGAAAGCAACAGUGUAGCACAUAUAUCUCGUCCAAAUGGUGAAAUGAUGAAUCCUAAGAAAAAUGAACACCAGCCUGAUACUUAUGAGUUAAGCAGUUAUGUUACUGUGUUGGAAAACAAUUCAGAUUCUGCGUUACCUACGAAACAUGAUGAAGAUACAAAAUCGGGUAAAAAUAGUGUAUCAAAAAGUGAACCCGGUCUUGAACAAAGUAUACCCCAUUUGUCAGAUUCUGCAUCAAAUGUCAAAUACCUACAAAGUCCCCAAGCAACCCGAUCUAUUACCAAACCAGUUAACAACAACAAAACAAUACCAAGUAGACAAUCAGGUUUAAAAAUUCCUUCAAAAAUAUCGAUCCCUCUUCCUAAUGGAAGUAUUUCUCGUCUUCCAAUGCUAUCUCAAAAAAUGCCUUCAAUGAGCAUAAGUAGUCGUGUUGGUUCUCGUAAAACUAGUAUAACUGGACCUGAACAAAGUUCUUUUGAUCGUCCAAUAAACAAAACUCAACCUUCACUCAGAAAUAACCCAUCCUCUAAUAACAGCAUUCAUAGUAGUGGUAGUAGUGUUUCUUCUAACAAUAUCAAAACAAACCAGACAUCAAAUUCUACAAAGUCCCUUCCUAAAUCAUCAGCAUCAUCAACUGUACAACAAAGACCAGUGCCUUCUAGAAUCAGUUUACCAUCUGGUACUUCGGGAAGUACUACCACCAUUCGAAAGCCAACAGUACCAUCGUUUGGUUCAUCUCGUGGGAAAUCGUCUGGUAGAUGAUGAAUCCAACUUUGACAAAUGCUAUUAACUUUUGAUAAAAGUAUUAUACACUACUUUUAAGAUAACCCAUAUUGCUUCUUGUGUGCCAAAUCCCGGUACUCCUAUAUAUAUAUAUAUAUAUAUAUAUAUAUAUAUAUAUAUAUAUAUAUAUAUAUAUAUAUAUAUAAUCAAAUUUUUGCUUUUUCAUUGACAGAAUAAAAUGGAAUCUAGUUUAUGUAUACACAUAUGUGACAGGUAUACAAAGACCAACAUUCUAAAGAAUAGUUAUAUCAUGUUCCUUAAUCUUUUUAAUCAACUUUGUAUUAAUUUCAGUAAUUUAUAAUUUUCCUUAUAACAAUUAGUUAGCUUAAAAUGUUAUACAGUUUAGUUUAUUCAUUAUGCAAUGAUUUAGUGAGAAUUCCUUUCUCGAAAUGAACCUUUUUUUUUCAUAUUAUCCACUUGAUUUUAAACUGAAGCUAGAGAAGUAAUUAACUUGUUUUCCUAUUUUUGGUAUGUUUUUUUCUAACAAUAAAUAUCUUGUCUUAUUACAUAACAAUUAUAAGUUUUUAAUUAAAUGCAUCAAUUCAGGCUUGUAAAGAGUAGAUUUGGUCUUCCCUCUUUCAGGUUAUUUUUUUUAUUCUCUUUUUUCAUAUUUUAAAAACAUCUUAUCAUUUAUGUGCCUUUUUUGUACCAAUGGAUAUACUGUCUAUUUGAUAACUUUCGUUUUGCUAUUCUUCAUUAUUAAUUUGUAUAAUUAUAGAGCUCUUUUCUACCAUUUG